AUGGCUUGGGAUGAGGAGUUGAUCAGAGACAUUUUCACUGAAAGGGAUGUCAACCUUAUUUUACAGAUUCCGCCAAGGUUAUGGGCUAGGAUUGAUGUUAUUUCAUGGGAUAAGGACAAGAAAGGCGCCUUCACAGUGAAGAGUGGUUACAAGUUUUUGUAUUCUAUCACACCUGAUGAGGCAAUAAAUUAUAGAGAGGUUUGGAAGAGAUUGUGGAACUCCAAUACCCCUCCUAAGGUUAAAAUUUUCAUUUGGACAGCUGCGUGUAAUGUGCUUCCUACAAUGGUUCAGUUGUUGAAGAAGAGAGUUAACAUGGAAGAGUUUUACUCUGUUUGCUAUUUGAAUUCGGAAUCCACUAAGCAUACGUUGUUUCGAUGCCAUUUUGCUCAAGAUUGCUGGAGAUUGUCCAAUAUUGGUUUUUUGGCUGGGAAUGUAAACUCAGUUAUGGAAGGUUUAAGCAAUCUUUUUUCUUCCCUUGAUUUCGAAGUCAGUGAUGGAGCUUUAGUGCUCAUGUGGGGAAUAUGGGAUAGCAGGAAUAAACUAGUUUGGAAUCAGACUCACUUUCAUCUACACCAGUGGUAUCUUUCUCCUCUCGUUUCCUGUUCCAAUAGAAGGAAGCUCGUCUUUCUAAGUUAG